CUGAAUUGGUCGGAGGCUGGAUUUGUUCAUCUGGUGGUGUGGUAUCCUAUCCUGUACUAUUCUGUACUAUCAUGAUGCUGACAUGCUGAAUUUUGUAUACUUAAGGACCUUGGUGUGACUGGGAUCUGGAGUUGAUCUCUUGUGUGUUUGUGUGUGUAUAUGUGUAUAUAUAUAAUAUAUUUAUUUAUUUAUUUAUUUUUAUAUAUUACAUGAUAUAUGCUCAUGAAGCAGGCUGAAGGAAUCUGACAAUGCUCCUGGGUAGCUAGCUGAACCUUGAUCCUGAACUUCAUCCUGAACCUGAGCUGCUGCGAGCUUCACAUCACCAACUCACCUGCAAGAAGAAGAAGGGGAAAGGGGAAGGGAAUAAACCCUAAAUCGUACUGAUAGUCAUAUUGGAGCAGCAGUUACAUGGUUAACCGGCGGCGCGGGAGGGUAGCAGUCACCAUAGUGAUGUCCUAUUGCGGGUAGUAACGCAAGGGUCUGCUUCAAUUAACCGCAUUUCGAUCUCUCGUCACUUUCGGAUCGUUGAGCGCGCGCUCGUUCGCCCUUGAUCGGCACGCCGUGCGUCUGAAUGUCAGCGCAUCCUGGGGAUCUGAGCACACAUCCAUCCGGUGCGCUCUCCACCCCUGCAGUGAAUACAGCCAUUGAUUGAAAGCCGAUCUCUCUCUCUCUCUCUCUCUCUCUCUCUCUCACUCACUCUUUACGCACACACACACACCGAAGACAGCAGCCGAUGAUGUCGGGACAGUCCAUCACGGACCGGAUCGCCGCGGCGCAGCACAGCAUGAGCGGCUCAGCCAUCAGCAAAGCAGUGUGCAAGGCCACGACGCACGAAGUCAGCGCGCCCAAGAAGAAGCACCUUGACUAUCUGAUGCAUUGCACCAAUGAGCUGAGUGUCAGUAUACCUCAUCUGGCUGACACGCUGAUUGAGAGGACAUCCAGUCAAAGCUGGGUUGUGGUGUUUAAGACCCUUAUCACCACACAUCAUCUCAUGAUGUAUGGCAAUGAGAGGUUCAUCCAGUAUGUUGCAUCCAGAAGCACACUCUUUAACUUGAAUAAUUUCAUAGAUAAAGGGGCAUUACAAGGUUAUGACAUGUCCACCUACAUCAGACGAUAUAGUAGAUAUCUUAAUGAACGGGCAAUGUCCUACAGGCUGGUAGCAGUUGACUUCACCAAGAUGAAGAGGGGGAUUGAUGGGGUGAUGCGCACCAUGAGCACAGAGAAGCUGAUGAAGACCCUCCCAAUCAUUCAGAAUCAGCUGGAUGCCCUUCUGGAUUUUGAGGCCAGCUCUAAUGUACUGACCAAUGGUGUGAUCAAUGGUGCCUUCAUGCUGCUCUUCAAGGACUCUAUCCGCAUCUUUGCUGCUUACAACGAGGGUGUCAUUAACCUUCUAGAGAAAUAUUUUGAUAUGAAGAAGCACCAGUGUAAAGAAGCCCUGGAAAUAUACAAGAGGUUUCUUAUCAGGAUGACCAAGCUCUCAGAGUUUCUCAAAGUGGCAGAGCAAGUUGGAAUUGAUCAGGUUGACAUCCCAGAUCUCUCACAGGCCCCAAGUAGUCUCUUACAAGCUCUUGAACAACACCUGGCCUCUCUGGAAGGCAAGAAAAUCAAAGAGCUCUCCUCCGUCAACAGGGAUGAGAAACAGCAGGCUCAGGAGGCCGAAGGCAACAGAUUACAGCCAACAAAGGGAGUACAGCUUAAAGAUAUUGGCAUGCAGACCCCAACAGUGUCCCCCAGCGGGCAGUCCGUGGGUAGUGCCAACAGCAGCUGCACCAGUAGUGGUGCUACUGAGCUCCUCUCCAGUCCACCAGAUCUAUCCAUCACAAACGGUGUGCACAGUUUCACCAGUGAUCAUUUCGACCUCCAACACAACCUCACCACCCCUGUUCCAACUAGCACCCUGCCUGCCACUAAUAACGGCUGGGGAGGACCCCUACUCAAGCCCACUUCACAGGUCCACGGCCAAGGCACACAACUCCAUCACGGAGGAAAGUUACUGACUAAUGACCUGGACUCAUCUUUGGCCAACCUAGUGGGCAAUUUGCACUUUGGAGCACCCCUGGCCAAAAAGCCAGAGAUGCAGUGGACCCACCUGGAGAAGAAAACUACAGGAGGAUCUCACUGGCAGUCUAAAGCUAUGAGUGGCACCGCACCGUGGGGACACACACACCUGGCCCCUGCCCCUAUUCCUGUGCCACAGAUGAAUGGAAUGAUUUAUACUGGCUAUGCACCAGCUCCGGUAGCAUUUCCAAUGUCAACCCCCCAAGUGCCUGUAUAUGGGAUGAUUCCUCCUCCCAUGGGCCAGAUGAGUUCAGUGCCCUUGAUGGCACCCCAGCCUGUGAUGUACAACCAACCUGUUCUCCGCACCACCAACCCCUUCACCCCUGUCCCUGGGACUCAGAUGCACUUCAUGUAGCGCUAAGGAGAGCAUCAGACUGACAGUAGCGCCAGAGGAAAAACAUCAACCAACCCAAAACCAAAUAUGACAGCGGAGAUGUGAGAAUUGGUUCAGAGACUGACAUGUUCAUGUGCCAUUUUUUCCCCUUGAGCUGUGUGUUUGUAGCAUCCCCUGCCCCGACAGCAUAACAUAGUCCUGCCAUUCUACACGUUCUGAUUAAUUUUACUAAGUGUCAGAUCUAGUGUUUCUAGAUGGCCCUCUUAGAUGAUGUCACUGGCUGAAUGCGAAUGGAGUGACAAUGUAUAGUGAUUUGCGGUGGAAUGAAACAAUGUCAUGAUGUCAAGUCCUCUGCCCCUCUAUUUCCCCCCGGUUGGAGAGUUUGUUGUUGUAAUUGUGUGCACUUGAAUCUUUAAUGUUUAUAAUGUCUAAACCAAGCCACGGUUUUGUAUGCACAUUGCCUGAAUAGUGUUUCGAAUCAGCCACUGUCAAUGUUGAUGAUCGUGCCACAGUUGCUGGCCUCCUGAAUUCUUGAGUCCUGGAGAAAUGUGUACAGGUCACUUUUGUACAUUUGUCUUGUCCCUGAACAUUUUGGACUUCACCUUACAAGUUGAAGCUGUUUAUGCAUACAGUAACUUGUAACAUUUCAUUCAGGUAUGGUUAAGGUAUGGCUGUAUGGAUUAAAAACAAAUACAGCAG